AUGCGGGUCGACGGAGCAGCAGCAGCAGCAAGGGGCCCCGCAGCACCUCCUGUUGCUGCUGGCGACAGCAGCAGCAGCAGCAGCAGCAGCAGCAGCAAUAACCCUCUAGGCUUUGCUGCUGCUGCUUGUGCUGCAGCACGCAUGCGCCGCCGUCUCCUCAGUGUUAGCUGCUGCUUCUCCUACGAUCCAGCAGCAGCAGCAGCAGCGAAGCCUUCUUGCUUCUCUCGCCUCAGCAGCGACACGUGUCUCUCUCUGCCGCAGCUGCCUCCUCCUCUCAAGCAGCAGCAGCAGCAGCAGCAGCAGCGGGCCUCAGCUCCUCACGAAGACAGGGGGGGGCCCCUUGAGGGGGGCCCCCUAGAGGGGGGGGGGCCCCUAGGUGAUGGGGGGCCCCCGUCCCCUCGGCUGCUGCUGCAGGCAGCACAGGACCUGCAGCUUGCUUCUCUGAACAGCAAGAAACGGAGAGCGCUGCAUGCGCCCAGUGCAGCAACAGCAGCAGCAGCAGCAGCAGCAGCAGCAGCAGCAGCGCCGUUGACUGCAGCAAGCCAGGCAGCACUGCCCCGGAGAGCGCUGCAUGCGCCCAGUGCAGCAACAGCAGCAGCAGCAGCAGCAGCAGCAGCAGCAGCAGCAGCGCCGUUGACUGCCGCUAGCCAGGCAGCACUGCCUCUGGGGUGCUGUCUUUCUCUCUCCGUUAGCGGCCCUUCGGAUGCGCUCCUAACCCCUCAGCAGCAGCAGCAGCAGCAGCAGCAGCUGCAGCAGCAGCAGCUGCAGCUGCAGCUGCAGCAGCAGCAUGAGGGUUCAGUGAAAGCGUUGAAGGACUCGGAUGCGCUCCUAACCCCUCAGCAGCAGCAGCAGCAGCAGCAGCAGCUGCAGCAGCAGCAGCUGCAACUGCAGCUGCAGCAGCAGCAUGAGGGUUCAGUGAAAGCGUUGAAGGAUGGAAAAAGCAGCAGCAGCAGCAAGAACAGCAGCAGCAAGAGCAGCAGCAGCAAGAACAGCAGCAGCAGCAGCAGCAGCAGCAGUUCAACUCGAUGGCUGCAGCUGCCGCUGCCCUGUCCCGCCGGCGGGCGCAGCAGCAGCAGCAGCAGCAGCAGCAGCAGCAGCAGCAUGGUGUCUCCUGUCUCCUUUUCAAGCGGAGACAUACUGCAGUCUCCUGUCUCCGUUUUCUCUCAGGCUAGCACCACCACAGCUCACCUCUCUUCUGCUUCUUCUUUAGAUAGCUGCAGCAACCCCACCACCCCCACCACCAGCCUGCUGCCAUCGGGGGCCCCCUCGCCGCAGACGCGUACACCAGCAGCAGCAGCAACAGCUGCUGCUGCUGCUGCUGCUGCUGCUGAUGCUGCAGCAGCAGGCAGUCGGCAUGAGGGAUCCAGGCUCAGAAGGAAAGGCACCAGCAGCUAUGAGGUGUAUGUACACCCCGCAGCAGCUGCAAAGGAGAAAGAACCGAGUAUCACCAAUGUUGCUGCUGCUGCAGCAGCAGCAUCAACACCACCAGCCUGCUGCCAUCGGGGGCCCCCUCGCCGCAGACGCGUACACACCACCAGCCUGCUGCCAUCGGGGGCCCCCUCGCCGCAGACGCGUACACCAGCAGCAGCAGCAACAGCAGCAGCUGCUGCUGCUGCUGCUGCUGCUGAUGCUGCAGCAGCAGGCAGUCGGCAUGAGGGAUCCAGGCUUAGAAGGAAAGGCACCAGCAGCUAUGAGGUGUAUGUACACCCCGCAGCAGCUGCAAAGGAGAAAGAACCGAGUAUCACCAACGUUGCUGCUGCAGCAGCAGCAGCAUCAACAGGCAGCAGCAGCAGGGGGGAAGGGAUCCGAUGGUGCGUGUGCUGCUGCGAAGGGACUUCUGCUGCUGCCUGGCGGGAGUCCCUCUACAGCAGCAGCAGGGGGGAAGGGAUCCGAUGGUGCGUGUGCUGCUGCGAAGGGACUUCUGCUGCUGCUGCUGACGGCUCCUCCGCUACUUCUUUUCUUUCUAGCCCCUCAACUGCUUCUUCUCCUUCUCCCCUGAGGCUGCCUAUCCCUGCGCGGGGUUUGCGGCGGCUGCAGCACCCGCGGCUGCAGCAGCAAGCAGCAGCAGCACCAGCAGCAGCACCAGCAGCAGCAGCAGCAGCAGCAGCAGCAGCAGCAGAGGAUACACGACCGCCGCGGUGUCUCCGUCGGCUGCAGCUACCCAAGCUGCAGUCUCCUCUGUCUCUUGAUUCUCCUUCUUUGGCUGUUUUGCAUGCAGAGAGCAGCAGCAUAGAACAGCCCCAAAGUAGCUGCUGCUGCUGCAUGCAUGCAGUAGACGGGCUAGCAGCAGCAGCAGCAGCAGCAGACGAAUCAAGUGGUUUCUUCUCAAGCAUCAGCAGCAGCAACAGAUGCAGCAGCUGCUGCAGAGCCUAUGAGACAGAUAGAGGAGGGGGGGGGCCCCCGGGGGCCCCCAGCAGCCCCCUGAACGAUGCCUUUGAAGCAGCAGCACAAGCAGCACAUGUUGCUGCUUGUGCUGCAGCACAAGCAGCAGCGCAUGCAG